AUGACGACCACCCAGCUGCCCGCCCACCUCGUCAACGACUAUGACUUUGUCAUCGUCGGCGGCGGUACCGCUGGCUGCGUCAUUGCCAGCCGUCUGUCUGAGUACCUGCCCAACAAGAAGGUGCUCAUGAUCGAGGCCGGCCCCUCGGACUUCAAGGACGACCGCGUGCUGCUGCUGAAGGACUGGCUCAACCUGCUGGGCGGCGAGCUCGACUACGACUACCCCACGACCGAGCAGCCCAAUGGCAACUCGCACAUCCGCCACUCGCGCGCCAAGGUCCUCGGUGGCUGCUCCUCGCACAACACGCUGAUCUCGUUCCGUCCCUUCAAGUAUGACUGUGACCGCUGGGUCGAGCAGGGCUGCUCUGGCUGGGACUUCAAGACCUUCACCCGUGUGCUCGACAACCUGCGCAACACGGUCCAGCCCGUCCACGCCCGCCACAGGAACCAGCUCUGCAAGGACUGGGUCCAGUCGUGCUCCGAGGCCAUGAACAUCCCCGUCAUCGAGGACUUCAACAAGGAGAUCCGUAGCACCGGCGCUCUCCAGCAGGGCGUUGGCUUCUUCUCCGUCUCCUACAACCCCGACGACGGCCGCCGUAGCUCCGCCUCCGUUGCCUACAUCCACCCCAUCCUCCGCAACGACGAGCGCCGCCCCAACCUGACCAUUCUGACCAACGCCUGGGUCAGCAAGAUCAACGUCGAGGGCGACAAGGUCACUGGCGUCGAUGUGACCCUGCAGUCUGGCGAGAAGCGCGUCCUCCGCUCCAAGUGCGAGACGAUUCUCUGCGCCGGUGCCGUUGACACUCCCCGUCUCAUGCUCCUGUCCGGUCUCGGCCCCAGGAAGCAGCUCCAGGACCUCGGCAUCAACGUCGUCCGCGACCUGCCCGGUGUUGGCGAGAACCUGCUCGACCACCCCGAGACCAUUAUCAUCUGGGAGCUGAACAAGCCCGUUCCCCAGAACCAGACCACCAUGGACUCGGACGCCGGUAUCUUCCUGCGCCGCGAGGCCCCCAACGCCGCUGGCAAGGACGGCAACAUUGCCGACGUCAUGAUGCACUGCUACCAGAUCCCCUUCUGCAUGAACACUUCUCGCCUGGGAUACGACACGCCCAUCGAUGCUUUCUGCAUGACGCCCAACAUUCCCCGUCCCCGCUCCAAGGGCCGCAUCUACCUCACCUCGGCCGACCCCUCGGUCAAGCCUGCUCUUGACUUCCGCUACUUCACCGACCCCGAGGGCUACGACGCGGCCACGCUCGUCGCCGGCUUCAAGGCUGCCCGCAAGAUCGCCGAGCAGGAGCCCUUCAAGUCGUGGAUCAAGCGCGAGGUCGCCCCCGGCCCCAAGAUCCAGUCGGACGAGGACCUCAACGAGUACGGCCGCCGCGUCGCCCACACUGUCUACCACCCUGCUGGUACCACCAAGAUGGGCAACGUCGCUCGCGACCCCUACGCCGUCGUCGACGCCAACCUCAAGGUCCGUGGCCUCCAGGGCGUCCGUAUCGCCGAUGCUGGUGUCUUCCCCGAGAUGCCCACCAUCAACCCCAUGCUUACUGUUCUGGGUGUUGGUGAGCGUGCUGCUGAGCUCAUUGCCGAGACUUGGGGCUGGAAGGGUCUCCAGAAGGAGAGGCUCUAA